UUCGCUCCUGCUUUUAUUAUGAGGGGAGCACAAAUAAAGGAGAUAAUGGGAAGUAGCUAGUAUAGAGAGAGAGAUAGAAGAAAGAGAGAGAGAGAGAGAGAGAUUAGGAAGAAGAUGGAUAGAAACAGAGAAGCUAGAAGAGUACCACCCAUGGCGGCGGCGGCUACCGGAAACGCCUUGUCACGGCGGAGACAUAGAGCCGGAAGUUUCAGAGAUUCUCCAGAGGAGGAAGGUCCGGUGGAGUUACAGGAGGCGGCGAGGCUGAGAGAUCGAGGAGGGAGUGGGAAGAAGGAACGAGAUCGGGAACGUGAUAGAGAACGAGAUCGCCGGAGUAAAAGGAGCAGAGGAGAACGUUUGAUGAUGGUUCACGGCGGCGGCGACGAAAGCUCGGAAGGGAGUGUCAACGACGAUGAAGAAUAUGACGACGGGGGAGCCACGGUGGUGAAGAUGCAUCCUCCUCCUCCGGCGAGUAGUAUCUCCCCGGCCUCGUUCUCAUCGUCUCUUUCGAAUCAUCAUCACAACCAGAGGAAGAACUUUCCGCCGCAACCGACGAAAAGUUUCAGAUCGCCGUCUCCUUUGCCGGCGCAGGUGACUUGGAAGGCGGCGGCGGAUGAGAUGAUCGGAGUAUCGGUUCCUAGAAAAGCUCGGUCAGCUUGUACAAAGAGACCACAUGAGUCAUGGGCGUCAGGUUUACUUGCAUCUUCUGGAGAGCACAUCCACCGCCAAGUAUCUGCUUCUCCUUCUCCUCCUCCUCCAGCUCCUACAUCUCCAUCUUCAUCCACUGUUUCAGUUCAUCGGAAAAAGAUGGUUAGUGGGACGAAACAAAAGCCACUCCCACUCCCUCUCCCGCCCAAGUCAUCAUCUCCUCCGGUUGCUGCUGUUCAAGACGAGAUAGAGAUCGAGAUCGCUGAGGUGUUGUACGGGAUGAUGAGGAUGCCUCUCGCCACCACUUCAAAACAAGAAUCCGAAGGAGGUGCAAAAACAACUGUGGAUGUCGUCAACUCCAAAGUAUCCAAUUCUCAAACCCUUCUUCACUCUUCCACCACCAUCAACGGCUCCUAUAAUGCCACCUCCAUUGCUCCUAAAAGAAAGAAGCAGAGGCAUGUCAAAUACGACAACGACGAGAACAGUCCCAGCUUACCAUCACGAGCCCUUAAAUCCGAAGCAGAAGCUCCUUCCGCUGAUCAGCUCAAGAGAUCAGGAUCCGCUGAAGAAAGCAGCUCGGUAUUGGAUUCGACUAAUCCACAGGCCAGAGACAGCACAGCAGCGUUAGAUUCGAGAUCAGCUGAGAAAAAAGAAAGCGAUAUGUCCAAAGAGGAAACAGUAAUGCCGAAAGUUGAAUCUUCUUCCUCAGGAGUUAGAUCGGAUGGUGACGGAGCUACUACCAUUUCUGGAGCUAAAUCAAGCUCACUGGAAAAAGAGAAGUUUGAGAUAGAUCUGAUGGCCCCACCGCCGGUUAGAUCGUCAUCGGAGAGAGGGGUUGAAAUUGAAGGUGUGGCAGCCGAAGCUAAACCUAAAGCCACGGAAGUGGAAACGGAAGCUAAGCCUCUGCUCAAGGAAGAUGGAGGUGGUGCGACAGUUCUCGAGUCCGAAGGGAAGAAGAGACCUAGAACGGUGGUGGAAACUGAACCUCAUAAGCCAAACAAGAGUUGUGAACUUAAACUCGACUUGGAUAAAUCUGAUCACGUGGGUGUGGUAAACAAGCAUCAUCAUGUUCAGAAACAGCCACCGCAACAACAAGUAUUUGUUCCAGAAAAAACAGCUCAAGCUAAGCCUUUGCCUAUGCAUAUGUCAAUGCCUGGCUGGCCUGGGGGUCUUCCUACAAUGGGAUACAUGCCGCCUACGCAAGGAAUUGUCCCUACGGAUACUAGUUCCUUAUCAUCUGCGGCAAUGCAGCCUCCUCCGCAUUUACUUUUUAACCAACCGAGGCCUAAGAGAUGUGCAACACACUGCUAUAUCGCUCGGAAUAUUCAAUCUCACCAGCAGUUCACAAAGAUGAAUCCGUUCUGGCCUGCAGCACCAGGCUCAUCUCCAUUGUAUGGGACCAAGGCCAGCAAUCUCAGUCUUAUGCCUCCCACAGAACUCCAAGGGACUGUUUUGGGAAGAAGUUCCAAUCCUGCUCCAGAUAAGAACUCUAAAUCUACUUCCAAAAGCUCAGAUACAGCUCAGAGAAAUCAUAUUUUGCUUCAGCAAGCUCUACCUCAAGGUGCAGCGAAUAACAUCAUGCAUGGUCCGACAUUCAUUUUCCCCAUGGGCCAGCAGCCUCAUACAGCUGCUACAAUAGCUGCCGCAUCUGUCAGACCUCCUAACAGUGGUAACACAGCUUCUCCUGCUGCGACAGCUACUGCGAACUCCAUGAAUGGCUCUGCUUCAGCUUCUCAAGUUGGUGCCCCAACAAUGACCUUCAGUUAUUCGGGCAUGCCAGGCAAUGAAACGCAGUACCUGGCCAUCUUGCAGAAUAAUGGCUAUCCGUUUCCAGUCCCGGCACAUGUUGGUGCAUCAUCUGCUUAUAGAGGAGCUCCUGGCCAGCCGAUACCAUUUUUUAAUGGUUCGUUCUACCCCUCCCAAAUGAUCCAGCCUCCAUUUUCUCAGCCACAGAAGCAGCAACAGCAAGCUGGUCAAAUGCUCCAGAGCCAUGCUCCUAGCAACCAGAAUGGAAGUGUUUCUACUGGUUCCUCAGCAGCACAAAAGCAUCUGCAGAACCAACAGUUGAGGCCACCGAUAAAUCCCGGGAACUCCCAAGGAUUUCCAACUCACAAAGUUCAAUCCCAGCCUAUGAGUUUCCAGCAGAGGCAACCUAGAGAAAAUGCGACUCAACAUAGCGAGACUGUAGGAGGAGAUAGCCCAUCAACCGCUGAUAGUCGGGGUUCUCGUUCAAGUGUUGCCUAUGGCCAGAACUAUGGUAUGCAGAUGCAACCAACUAACUUGGGUCUGAUGAGUUCAGCAGCCCCAGCUGGUGGAGUUGUCGUAUCCUCUAGCAAUCAUGGCGAAAAGAAACCACAGCAGGUUUCAAAGGCUGGUGGUGAAUCGUUUCCGCCCCAGGGUUAUGCCAUGACGUUUGCGACAUUCAACGGGGCUAAUAGUACUCCUUCACUGAACAUGUCAGCAAUUCCUCAAAAUCACGCUAUGUUCCACAGCAUUCCGGAAGCAGCAAGGCAAGGUUAUCAAAUGAUGGCAGCGAAUGUUGCUGCUCAAGCAGCCCAGCAGAAAAUGAACUACAGUGCUCCUUCAGAUGAUGGAAAAUCGGGGUCUAAUACUACUACCAAUACGAGGGAAGAACAAAGGAAAACGGGAGCAGCAACGGGGAAAACGAGUGGCCUGAAUGGUGCGCAAUCUAUUGCGUUCUCUAACAAACCCGACUUGGCUGAUACAUCUGUUUCUGCUGUAACGAGUGGUAGCAUCGUUGAUACAUCCCGUUUGCACAACCAUGGUUCUACUCAGCCACAGAGUUCCAGUUCUGUCCUGACGUCUCAUCAGCAGCAGCAGCUGCAGCAUUUGCAACAGCAACAUCAGCAGCAGCAGCAGCAGCAGCAGCAUAUGCAACGGAGUCAAUUGCAGCAACCUUACACCACCAUGUAUCUCCAGAAGCAGCAACGGUAUGCAACUUCAGUCGCUGCUUCUGCUGCUAAAACCAAAGGGCCUGUGGCGGCGAGUAAUGGGAGUGGUUUCCCUGAUCAUAAUAUCUCUGUAUCACCCGCGGGAAGCACUAAGUUUACAAAUGCCAAUUCAGGGUUUCCUCAAAACCUUGUCCAGUCAAGCAGCACUCAAGCACAGUCUCCUCAGUGGAAAAACAAUUCACCCAGGGCAUCAAACACUUCCCAAGCCCAGUCUCCGUCCAUACUAUCGCCAUCAUCAUCUGCUGCCGCUGCAUCGUCAGUAAGAAACGUAUCGCAUAAACAGCAAAGCCGUCCCCAGCAGUCGCAGAUAUCUUUUGCAGCAAACUCAAAACCUAUGGCGUCUGGUUCGUCAAUGCAGCAGGUGCAAGGAGGUACCAACAACCAGGCUCCGUCUCCACCAAUGUUAGUUGGGUCACCUUCAACGUCUUCCGUCUCCAGAAGCGCGGGUGGGAGCCCAAGAACUACUGCUUCAGCUUCAUCAGCUGUGAACAAAACUGUACAAGCAUCGUCGACUACUCACUCAUCAUCUCAGCCGCCCAAGAACCAGCAGUCUUCAUCCGCAGCUUCUCCUGCGGGUGGAAGGAACAACGGUCCUUCAGUUCUGGGGAACCCGACUACAAGCUCUGGAUCCAAGUCCCAACAACAACAGCAACAGUUGCCAAAGCAUGGGUUGCAGCAACAGUCCCAGCUUUUCUUCUCUAAUCCUUAUAUGCAAUCUCAGCAUCAACAUCAACAGCAGCAGAUCACCGUACCUCCUGGUGGUUAUUACAUUCAAAGACAACAGCAACAGCCAGGUUCAUCAGCUGCUGCUUCCACCGCCGUUUGUCAUCCAGUCAGCCUCUCCGCCUGUACCAUAGGAGCCGUUACCACCACUUCAGAUCCAGCGAAAGCCAUGGCUGCUGCAGCAGCAGCCAGUAACAUGAAAGGAGGUGUGGGGAAGACGCAGCAACAUCAGCUAGUGCCUCCAGGGUUUCCGUAUGUACACGCGGUUCCCUCUGCGGUACAGGUAAAGCCCGUAGAUCAGAAGCAGCAAGCCGGCGAGUGAAAGACCCCUUAAAAACCAUUUGUGAACUUAAAAAGAAAAGAGAAAAAAGAACUCGAGUGGUUGGGAGUUCUGGUUAUAGCUUGUGCCGGCGAAAGAUGGACUUAGGACGUCAGGAGAAAGAAGCAGACGGAACAGACCACACGCAGUGAUGGACAACUUUUUGGGAGUUCGGUAGGGUGGGGGAUUGUAUGCAAUUAGUGUUUAUAUUAUUCUGACAGGGAACUACGGUUUCAAUUAAAAAGAAAAGACAGCUACUGGAGUUCUAUUUUCUUUAAAAAAAUUCCAUUCAUUCUUCUCGAGUAGGUUUGAGUGUUUUGUGUGGGUGAUCUCUAGUUAGAAAAAUGACAAGAGCUAACUAACGUAUACUGACAUGUUUCUUCUGUUGUUGGCCUCAUCAGUUAGUGGAUUAUAUGUUGUUAGGGUAUGUUUAGUGGAAUUAUUAUUGUAUGAAGCAUGGAUUUACGAUUCGUUCUCA